AUGCAAUAUAGUAGAAUUUAUGAUUACGCUCACGAGCUAUUAACUAGAAACCCAGGGUCCACUGUGAAGGUAAAAGUUGAGGGAAAUGAUGGAAAGCCAAUAUUUUUGAGGUUCUACGCAUGUCUCAAGGGAUGCAAAGAUAGUUUUGUAUCAUGCAGGCCAAUCAUUGGCCUAGAUGGAGCCUUUUUGAAAGGUAGACAUCGUGGUGAGCUGUUAACUACUGUUGCUCGAGAUGCAAAUGAUCAAAUGAUGCCACUCGCAUAUGCCAUAGUAGAGGUCGAGAACAAGGAGACUUGGACAUGGUUUAUGGAGCUACUCAUUGAAGACAUAGGUGGACCUGACUUCUGUUCUUCACUUACAUUGAUAUCAGAUCAACAGAAGGGACUGUUACCAGCUGUACAAGAUCUACUUCCUGGAGUUGCACAUAGAUUUUGUGUAAGGCAUUUAUAUGCCAAUUUCAGGAAGAAAUUCCCUGGAAAGAAUCUUAAGAAGCUGAUGUGGAUGGCAGCAACAGCAACCCACCCACAGAAAUGGGAGAAUGAAAUGAGAAGUAUAAGAGAGGUCAACGAAGACGCGUUUCGCCACUUCAUAGCUAUUCCUCCAAGUUGGUCUGCACAAAAGCUAUUUGAAGUCAGACAUGUGUCUCAAAGUGGGGAUAAGUAUGUGGUCAACAUAGAUGAAUAUUCAUGCUCCUGCAAAAAAUGGAGCAUUAGUGGAAUACCUUGUGUUCAUGCAUUGGCAGCAAUGAGGUUUCUCAACCUAGAUGGAGAGGAUUACAUACAUGUAUGCUUUCUCACUUCAACGUAUGAAGAAAUGUACUCUUCUAUUAUCUAUCCUAUUAAUGAAAACAACCUGUGGGAGGUAAUCGAAUAUCCAAAUGUCAUGCCUCCAUCAAGCAGAAAGUUGCCUGGUCGUCCUAAGAAGAAAAUGAGGUUAGAGCAGUGGGAGUUGAAGAAAAACAGCACCAGAAUGAGCAAAGGUGGAUUGGCACAGGGAGAAGAACCCACUUCACUAGCAGAGGCUAAAGCACAUGGAGAAGAAGCACAUGGAGAGCAACCACAUGGAGAAGAACCACACCAGAGUUGA